AUGUUUUAUUAUCCAAACGUGCUUCGGCGUCACAGUGGCUGUUUCUCUACCAUCUGGUUGGCAGCCACCAAAGGCAUCAGAAUUAGCCGAAGAGAGUACCUCAAGGUCAACAUCAGGAGAACAUGUGAGGACAUUGUGGAUUAUGUAAUGGUCAAGGUUCCUCCGGUCCACCCCAGUCUUCCUCGGCCUCGUUUCUCUCUCUAUCUUUCCUCUCAACUGCAGUAUGGUGUGAUCAUCGUCUACCAUCGACAAUGUGCUUUUCUGUUGGAGGAGGUCCAGCAGACCAUCGAGCAUUUACUUCGCUCAGAGAGAAACCUGCGCAUCGACAUGCCCGAAGCUGAUAGGUUGGUCCUGAAUGUCCCCAACUCUCUUUUCCAGCUGGAGGAGGGAGAAUGGGCACUAGACCCAUUUUUUGGAGUGAUGGGUGUUGGUUGCGAACUUCCAACUCCCUCCAUGCUACCCGAGUCACGGCCGAUGACAGAGCCCUCAUCUCCUUUGGUGGUCAGGAAAGAGAUUACGGUGCCUAAAGGCCUCACUGCUUCUCCUGAAUCGAUCACCAUCAAAGACGCAUAUCCGAUGCCUGUGCUUCCAGUUGAGUUUGGUGGAGCGGAGUUACCUGAAGCAACAGCUCAAGAGAUCGACAUGCUUAUGGAGCAACAAGAUCAGUUCCAUAAUGGGGAUGAAGAAGAUAAAGAGAGAGAGAGGGCGAGAGAGAUGGAGCAGUCAGAGACAGAUGAUGCUAUGAUCUCUAUUGAGCAAUUGAAGAACAGUGAAAGCAUGGAUGAUGGGAGUACGCAUCUUAUAGAUGUCGCCUUAGAUAGGGUUGUCUUGGAGAUGACCCCUCCCCCUAUUACCAUGCCACCAAUCACAGAAGCCAGUGAGAAAGAUGUAGAGCAAGAACAAGAGAUGGAGCACUCCUUCGAGACCCCCUCAGUGGAAACAAAAGUGCUUCCGAAAAAACGAGGUAAACGCCAACUGAUCUUUGCCGACCAACAAACACAGAUUUCCCAGGAUGCAAUGCGGCAACAGAUUAACAACCCUCUGAUUGAAACUCACUCUCUGUCUGAUGUGCUCCUGAAUGUUCCUGCUUCCCGUAAGCCAUCAGCAGCAGUUCUGCUCAGCACACCGUGUAACUUACUCAUUCACCCUGACCUCCAGUCGCUAUGGAAAUGCUGCAGCGUUGCACCCGUCCUCCCCCGCCCAUCAAGGAAACGGCAUGCACAGGACGAGAGCGAGCUGUCAGAAAUAGAGAAAGAAAGAGGGAUGGAUUUGAUUAAAGAGUCUAGUCGAGAGGUGGUCAGGGAAUCUAGUGAGGCUGCUCUUGUUCUUUCUGAGCUUUCAGCUGCUUCUGAUGUGCCACUGGAUGUGUCUAAAGAUGACAAGUCUCAGACUGACCUCAUCACUCCUACCAGCAGAUGGUCUCCCAUAGAAGAGGCCCCCGAUAAAAUGGAGGUGAUAUUAGAGGAGCAUGUUGAACUGCCACAAGGAGAGAUGGAGCCUGACAUAAGAGAUGUCAACACAUCUGACCUCCUCAGACUGAUCAUGGGCUUUAUCAAGCGUUUUGGAAAGGUUUGCUUUCACUCACUACUGCCCCCAGAGGCCGAGCGAAGCACUGCAGCUCAUCUGUUCUACAAGACACUGGAACUGACUUGUGCUCGGAAACUUAGUGUGCAUCAGACCGAACCAUUUGGAGUCAUCACCAUUACCAUGGAACGCUGAAGAGACUUAUACAAACACUAAACCUUAUCAACAUCAGACCGGUACUGUUACAUUACACAUUUGCUAAGCACACACACUACUAUGCUUAAAUGUAUUAAAUCAGUUCAGAGUUAAAGACAGAGACAUAAGACACGUGUACAUAAAACAUUAAUGUUUGGAUAAUGUAAUGAUUGUUCAAUAAUCAGUUAGUGUAAUUUUUAAUGAGAAUUAAUGGUUUGCAACUGCAUGGUUUUUAAAGAGACAACUGUGCUCUUUUUAGUUAUUUAUGAUACUGGGUUUAAUGUUUUAAUCAUUUUAAUCCAUCUCUAACAUUUUAUGACGUUUUAUGCUUUUAUUUGUUUCACUAUAAACACUUCUAUUUCUAUUUCUAUGUUUGUAUUUUCAAUUAUAAACAAAACAAAAAGCAAAAGAAAAUGUUUUAGCUGUUUUUAAUGUGACAUGUUAAA